AUGAGGAGGAAUCCUUUAAAAUCAUCGAGAAGUUCUGUAAAUGUGAACAAGACAACCAAUAAAUACGACGAUGCAGAAGCAUUGUCCACCAUGGCCAGAAGUGUAUCAAUGCAAACGGCUGGUCAUAAACAAAGGUUAAUAGCUGAAGAAAUACUUAGACAUGGAAAUGCAAGAGUUGCUGGUGAGACUGUGGCUGUUAAGCAACUUGACAAGAAUGGAGUUCAAGGAAACACGGAAUUUCUUGCUGAAGUUUUAAGAUUAAGCCUCGUUCACCAUCCGAACUUGGUUAAUCUAAUAGGGUACUGCGCCGAUGGACACCAAAGGAUAUUAGUAUAUGAAUACAUGUGCAAUGGAUCUUUAGGUCACCUUCUUGGAAGGAGAGCUUUGGACAACACGAAACCAAUUGAAGAGCAGAACCUAGUUGCUUGGGCAAAGCCUCUUUUCAAGGACAAAACAAAGUUCACGUUGAUGGUAGAUCCAUUGCUAGAAGGGAGGUAUCCGUUGAAGGGUCUGUAUCAAGCUGUUGCUGUUACAGCCAUGUGUCUUCAAGAAGAAGCUAGCACCCGACCUUUGAUUGCAGAUGUCGUUACUGCUCUUGAAUAUUUAGCCGAUGAGAAUGCUAACGAUGAGAAUAUUGAUGACGAGAUUACUAUUGCAGUAGAAGCAUAA